AUGUCUAGCAAAGGAGAAUAUCCUUAUUACAAGGAUGAAAAUCUUGGAUUGGAAAUUAUUUCUCUGCCGUACAAGGAUUCACAGGUUUCCAUGUAUGUUGUGAUACCAAAAGAAGUGAACGGACUAAGACGUAUGAGGAAUAGUUUAACGCCCGAGAUUAUCGAUAAACUAAUCAACAAUAUGGGACAGACAGAUGUGAUAUUUUUGCUUCCAAAAGUGAAGCUCUCUCAUCAAGAAGAUUUCACGCAAGUUCUGAAUAAUAUGGGUGUCAAGUCGUUGACUGACCCACAAAGAUCUGAUUUGUCUCUGUUAACAUCUCAAAACAUUUACAAUCAACGCAUAUAUUUUGAUAAAAUCAUUCAAAAAGUCGAAAUGUCUAUCUCCGAAGAAGGCACUGAAGCAGCUGCAGCUACAGCUGCUUUUGGAUCCCGCAUGGCUGUAGAUGAUCCAAUCAGGGUCUAUGCUAAUCGUCCAUUCUUAUUCUUCAUUAGAAACAAUGAAACCAAAUCUAUUUUGUUCUAUGGCAGCAUCAGUGAUCCUUCAUAA